CGAGGCGGCCAGGGAGGAGGGGACGAGAGCGGCAGGAGAAAAGCAGCGACGAGAAGCGUACGCGGGGAAUUGCUGGGCUGUGCGACGAGAGAUGGACGCAGGUGUGGCGAAGCCUCAGUCGAGUCUUCCUCUGCAGAUCUUCAUCUACUUCGAUGGGUAUUGGUCGGCCCUCUACUUCGCCAUCGAAGUACUCCUCUUCACUUACAAAGGUCAGUCAGUGACACCACACGGAUGGAUGGACUCUGUGGAUGGAUGGAUGGAUGGAUGGAUGGAUUGAUGGUGUGCAGGGGUGGUGUUGCGCUACCCGCCCUCGACGUGGCCGGGGGAGUUCACCAUGGUGGUGCUGUUCGCAGUGUUCCAGAAGAUACGACUAUACCUCGGUCAGCACAGACACACACAACACACACACAAGUGUGUGCACCGACGGCCGGUUCUACGGGGUGGUGUGUGUGCAGGGACGGCGGGCAACAAGACGGAGCAGCUUGGGGGUAUUCUGUGGUUUGUGUUGCUGACCAUCCCCGUGGUGCUCAUACUCAUGUACCUCCUCGAGUUCCAAGUCUACGUGUACGUACGCCUUAUCCAUCCAUCCAUCCAUCCAUUCCCAUCCCACAGGGGCGAUGUGUGUGUGCGUGUGUGUGUGGAUCAACCAGGUUGCGGUUCGAGGUGUUUCUGGCGAUUACGGGUAUCUGUUUCGUUGGGGUAGAGUUCUUCCUGGCACUCAUAGCGGCAUGCUUCUUCACUAGAAGGGCCGUCUGAUGGAUGAUGGAUGGAUGGAUGGAUGGAUGGACAGAUAGCUGGCCACACAUGGAUGGACUGGAUGGAGGGUGUUCCACAGACACCUACGUGUCUAGAGCAGCACAAUGUGAUAAAUACUCUUUUGUCG